AUGGCUCUGGUAGUUCCAUCCCUCAGUUCCUUCCCUCAGUUCCUUCCCUCAGUUCCCUCCCUCAGUUCCCUCCCUCAGUUCCUUCCCUCAGUUCCCUCCCUCAGUUCCCUCCCUCAGUUCCUUCCCUCAGUUCCCUCCCUCAGUUCCCUCCCUCAGUUCCUUCCCUCAGUUCCUUCCCUCAGUUCCCUCCCUCAGUUCCUUCCCUCAGUUCCCUCCCUCAGUUCCCUCCCUCAGUUCCUUCCCUCAGUUCCUUCCGUCAGUUCCCUCCCUCAGUUCCUUAGUUCCCUCCCUCAGUUCCUUCCCUCAGUUCCUUCCCUCAGUUCCCUCCCUCAGUUCCCUCCCUCAGUUCCCUCCCUCAGUUCCUUCCCUCAGUUCCCUCCCUCAGUUCCUUCCCUCAGUUCCUUCCCUCAGUUCCUUCCCUCAGUUCCUUCCCUCAGUUCCCUCCCUCAGUUCCUUCCCUCAGUUCCCUCCCUCAGUUCCCUCCCUCAGUUCCUUCCCUCAGUUCCUUCCCUCAGUUCCCUCCCUCAGUUCCCUCCCUCAGUUCCCUCCCUCAGUUCCUUCCCUCAGUUCCUUCCCUCAGUUCCCUCCCUCAGUUCCCUCCCUCAGUUCCCUCCCUCAGUUCCCUCCCUCAGUUCCUUCCCUCAGUUCCUUCCCUCAGUUCCCUCCCUCAGUUCCUUCCCUCAGUUCCCUCCCUCAGUUCCCUCCCUCAGUUCCUUCCCUCAGUUCCCUCCCUCAGUUCCCUCCCUCAGUUCCUUCCCUCCUUCCCUCAGUUCCCUCCCACAGUUCCUUCCCUCAGUUCCCUCCCUCAGUUCCUUCCCUCAGUUCCUUCCCUCAGUUCCCUCCCUCAGUUCCUUACCUCAGUUCCCUCCCUCAGUUCCCUCCCUCAGUUCCCUCCCUCAGUUCCCUCCCUCAGUUCCUUCCCUCAGUUCCUUCCCUCAGUUCCCUCCCUCAGUUCCUUCCCUCAGUUCCCUCCCUCAGUUCCCUCCCUCAGUUCCCUCCCUCAGUUCCCUCCCUCAGUUCCUUCCCUCAGUUCCCUCCCUCAGUUCAUUCCCUCAGUUCCUUCCCUCAGUUCCCUCCCUCAGUUCCUUCCCUCAGUUCCUUCCCUCAGUUCCCUCCCUCAGUUCCCUCCCUCAGUUCCCUCCCUCAGUUCCUUCCCUCAGUUCCCUCCCUCAGUUCCUUAGCUCCCUCCCUCAGUUCCUUCCCUCAGUUCCUUCCCUCAGUUCCCUCCCUCAGUUCCCUCCCUCAGUUCCCUCCCUCAGUUCCUUCCCUCAGUUCCCUUCCUCAGUUCCUUCCCUCAGUUCCUUCCCUCAGUUCCUUCCCUCAGUUCCUUCCCUCAGUUCCCUCCCUCAGUUCCUUCCCUCAGUUCCCUCCCUCAGUUCCCUCCCUCAGUUCCUUCCCUCAGUUCCUUCCCUCAGUUCCCUCCCUCAGUUCCCUCCCUCAGUUCCCUCCCUCAGUUCCUUCCCUCAGUUCCUUCCCUCAGUUCCCUCCCUCAGUUCCCUCCCUCAGUUCCCUCCCUCAGUUCCCUCCCUCAGUUCCCUCCCUCAGUUCCUUCCCUCAGUUCCCUCCCUCAGUUCCCUCCCUCAGUUCCCUCCCUCAGUUCCCUCCCUCAGUUCCCUCCCUCAGUUCCUUCCCUCAGUUCCCUCCCUGAGUUCCCUCCCUCGGUUCCCUCCCUCAGUUCCCUCCCUCAGUUCCUUCCCUCAGUUCCCUCCCUCAGUUCCUUCCCUCAGUUCCCUCCCUCAGUUCCUUCCCUCAGUUCCUUCCCUCAGUUCCCUCCCUCAGUUCCCUCCCUCAGUUCCCUCCCUCAGUUCCUUCCCUCAGUUCCUUUCCUCAGUUCCCUCCCUCAGUUCCUUCCCUCAGUUCCCUCCCUCAGUUCCCUCCCUCAGUUCCCUCCCUCAGUUCCCUCCCUCAGUUCCUUCCCUCAGUUCCUUCCCUCAGUUCCCUCCCUCAGUUCCUUCCCUCAGUUCCCUCCCUCAGUUCCCUCCCUCAGUUCCUUCCCUCAGUUCCCUCCCUCAGUUCCCUCCCUCAGUUCCUUCCCUCCUUCCCUCAGUUCCCUCCCUCAGUUCCUUCCCUCAGUUCCCUCCCUCAGUUCCUUCCCUCAGUUCCUUCCCUCAGUUCCCUCCCUCAGUUCCUUACCUCAGUUCCCUCCCUCAGUUCCCUCCCUCAGUUCCCUCCCUCAGUUCCCUCCCUCAGUUCCUUCCCUCAGUUCCUUCCCUCAGUUCCCUCCCUCAGUUCCUUCCCUCAGUUCCCUCCCUCAGUUCCCUCCCUCAGUUCCCUCCCUCAGUUCCCUCCCUCAGUUACCUCCCUCAGUUCCUUCCCUCAGUUACCUCCCUCAGUUCCUUCCCUCAGUUCCCUCCCUCAGUUCCUUCCCUCAGUUCCUUCCCUCAGUUCCCUCCCUCAGUUCCCUCCCUCAGUUCCCUCCCUCAGUUCCCUCCCUCAGUUCCUUCCCUCAGUUCCCUCCCUCAGUUCCUUCCCUCCUUCCCUCAGUUCCCUCCCUCAGUUCCUUCCCUCAGUUCCCUCCCUCAGUUCCUUCCCUCAGUUCCUUCCCUCAGUUCCCUCCCUCAGUUCCUUCCCUCAGUUCCUUCCCUCAGUUCCCUCCCUCAGUUCCCUCCCUCAGUUCCUUCCCUCAGUUCCCUCCCUCAGUUCCCUCCCUCAGUUCCUUCCCUCCUUCCCUCAGUUCCCUCCCUCAGUUCCUUCCCUCAGUUCCCUCCCUCAGUUCCUUCCCUCAGUUCCUUCCCUCAGUUCCCUCCCUCAGUUCCCUCCCUCAGUUCCCUCCCUCAGUUCCCUCCCUCAGUUCCUUCCCUCAGUUCCCUCCCUCAGUUCCUUCCCUCCUUCCCUCAGUUCCCUCCCUCAGUUCCUUCCCUCAGUUCCCUCCCUCAGUUCCUUCCCUCAGUUCCUUCCCUCAGUUCCCUCCCUCAGUUCCUUCCCUCCGUUCCCUCCCUCAGUUCCCUCCCUCAGUUCCCUCCCUCAGUUCCCUCCCUCAGUUCCCUCCCUCAGUUCCUUCCCUCAGUUCCCUCCCUGAGUUCCCUCCCUCAGUUCCCUCCCUCAGUUCCCUCCCUCAGUUCCUUCCCUCAGUUCCCUCCCUCAGUUCCUUCCCUCAGUUCCCUCCCUCAGUUCCUUCCCUCAGUUCCUUCCCUCAGUUCCCUCCCUCAGUUCCCUCCCUCAGUUCCCUCCCUCAGUUCCUUCCCUCAGUUCCUUCCCUCAGUUCCCUCCCUCAGUUCCUUCCCUCAGUUCCCUCCCUCAGUUCCCUCCCUCAGUUCCCUCCCUCAGUUCCUUCCCUCAGUUCCUUCCCUCAGUUCCCUCCCUCAGUUCCUUCCCUCAGUUCCUUCCCUCAGUUCCCUCCCUCAGUUCCUUCCCUCAGUUCCCUCCCUCAGUUCCCUCCCUCAGUUCCCUCCCUCAGUUCCCUCCCUCAGUUCCUUCCCUCAGUUCCCUCCCUCAGUUCCCUCCCUCAGUUCCCUCCCUCAGUUCCCUCCCUCAGUUCCCUCCCUCAGUUACCUCCCUCAGUUCCUUCCCUCAGUUACCUCCCUCAGUUCCUUCCCUCAGUUCCCUCCCUCAGUUCCUUCCCUCAGUUCCUUCCCUCAGUUCCCUCCCUCAGUUCCCUCCCUCAGUUCCCUCCCUCAGUUCCCUCCCUCAGUUCCUUCCCUCAGUUCCCUCCCUCAGUUCCUUCCCUCCUUCCCUCAGUUCCCUCCCUCAGUUCCUUCCCUCAGUUCCCUCCCUCAGUUCCUUCCCUCAGUUCCUUCCCUCAGUUCCCUCCCUCAGUUCCUUCCCUCAGUUCCUUCCCUCAGUUCCCUCCCUCAGUUCCCUCCCUCAGUUCCUUCCCUCAGUUCCCUCCCUCAGUUCCCUCCCUCAGUUCCUUCCCUCCUUCCCUCAGUUCCCUCCCUCAGUUCCUUCCCUCAGUUCCCUCCCUCAGUUCCUUCCCUCAGUUCCUUCCCUCAGUUCCCUCCCUCAGUUCCCUCCCUCAGUUCCCUCCCUCAGUUCCCUCCCUCAGUUCCUUCCCUCAGUUCCCUCCCUCAGUUCCUUCCCUCCUUCCCUCAGUUCCCUCCCUCAGUUCCUUCCCUCAGUUCCCUCCCUCAGUUCCUUCCCUCAGUUCCUUCCCUCAGUUCCCUCCCUCAGUUCCUUCCCUCCGUUCCCUCCCUCAGUUCCCUCCCUCAGUUCCCUCCCUCAGUUCCCUCCCUCAGUUCCCUCCCUCAGUUCCUUCCCUCAGUUCCCUCCCUGAGUUCCCUCCCUCAGUUCCCUCCCUCAGUUCCCUCCCUCAGUUCCUUCCCUCAGUUCCCUCCCUCAGUUCCUUCCCUCAGUUCCCUCCCUCAGUUCCUUCCCUCAGUUCCUUCCCUCAGUUCCCUCCCUCAGUUCCCUCCCUCAGUUCCCUCCCUCAGUUCCUUCCCUCAGUUCCUUCCCUCAGUUCCCUCCCUCAGUUCCUUCCCUCAGUUCCCUCCCUCAGUUCCCUCCCUCAGUUCCCUCCCUCAGUUCCUUCCCUCAGUUCCUUCCCUCAGUUCCCUCCCUCAGUUCCUUCCCUCAGUUCCUUCCCUCAGUUCCCUCCCUCAGUUCCUUCCCUCAGUUCCCUCCCUCAGUUCCCUCCCUCAGUUCCCUCCCUCAGUUCCCUCCCUCAGUUACCUCCCUCAGUUCCUUCCCUCAGUUACCUCCCUCAGUUCCUUCCCUCAGUUCCCUCCCUCAGUUCCUUCCCUCAGUUCCUUCCCUCAGUUCCCUCCCUCAGUUCCCUCCCUCAGUUCCCUCCCUCAGUUCCCUCCCUCAGUUCCUUCCCUCAGUUCCCUCCCUCAGUUCCUUCCCUCCUUCCCUCAGUUCCCUCCCUCAGUUCCUUCCCUCAGUUCCCUCCCUCAGUUCCUUCCCUCAGUUCCUUCCCUCAGUUCCCUCCCUCAGUUCCUUCCCUCAGUUCCUUCCCUCAGUUCCCUCCCUCAGUUCCCUCCCUCAGUUCCUUCCCUCAGUUCCCUCCCUCAGUUCCCUCCCUCAGUUCCUUCCCUCCUUCCCUCAGUUCCCUCCCUCAGUUCCUUCCCUCAGUUCCCUCCCUCAGUUCCUUCCCUCAGUUCCUUCCCUCAGUUCCCUCCCUCAGUUCCCUCCCUCAGUUCCCUCCCUCAGUUCCCUCCCUCAGUUCCUUCCCUCAGUUCCCUCCCUCAGUUCCUUCCCUCCUUCCCUCAGUUCCCUCCCUCAGUUCCUUCCCUCAGUUCCCUCCCUCAGUUCCUUCCCUCAGUUCCUUCCCUCAGUUCCCUCCCUCAGUUCCUUCCCUCCGUUCCCUCCCUCAGUUCCCUCCCUCAGUUCCCUCCCUCAGUUCCCUCCCUCAGUUCCCUCCCUCAGUUCCUUCCCUCAGUUCCCUCCCUGAGUUCCCUCCCUCAGUUCCCUCCCUCAGUUCCCUCCCUCAGUUCCUUCCCUCAGUUCCCUCCCUCAGUUCCUUCCCUCAGUUCCCUCCCUCAGUUCCUUCCCUCAGUUCCUUCCCUCAGUUCCCUCCCUCAGUUCCCUCCCUCAGUUCCCUCCCUCAGUUCCUUCCCUCAGUUCCUUCCCUCAGUUCCCUCCCUCAGUUCCUUCCCUCAGUUCCCUCCCUCAGUUCCCUCCCUCAGUUCCCUCCCUCAGUUCCCUCCCUCAGUUCCUUCCCUCAGUUCCUUCCCUCAGUUCCCUCCCUCAGUUCCUUCCCUCAGUUCCCUCCCUCAGUUCCCUCCCUCAGUUCCUUCCCUCAGUUCCCUCCCUCAGUUCCCUCCCUCAGUUCCUUCCCUCCUUCCCUCAGUUCCCUCCCUCAGUUCCUUCCCUCAGUUCCCUCCCUCAGUUCCUUCCCUCAGUUCCUUCCGUCAGUUCCCUCCCUCAGUUCCUUACCUCAGUUCCCUCCCUCAGUUCCCUCCCUCAGUUCCUUCCCUCAGUUCCUUCCCUCAGUUCCCUCCCUCAGUUCCUUCCCUCAGUUCCCUCCCUCAGUUCCCUCCCUCAGUUCCCUCCCUCAGUUCCCUCCCUCAGUUACCUCCCUCAGUUCCUUCCCUCAGUUACCUCCCUCAGUUCCUUCCCUCAGUUCCCUCCCUCAGUUCCUUCCCUCAGUUCCUUCCCUCAGUUCCCUCCCUCAGUUCCCUCCCUCAGUUCCCUCCCUCAGUUCCUUCCCUCAGUUCCUUCCCUCAGUUCCCUCCCUCAGUUCCUUCCCUCAGUUCCCUCCCUCAGUUCCCUCCCUCAGUUCCCUCCCUCAGUUCCCUCCCUCAGUUCCUUCCCUCAGUUCCUUCCCUCAGUUCCCUCCCUCAGUUCCUUCCCUCAGUUCCCUCCCUCAGUUCCCUCCCUCAGUUCCUUCCCUCAGUUCCCUCCCUCAGUUCCCUCCCUCAGUUCCUUCCCUCCUUCCCUCAGUUCCCUCCCUCAGUUCCUUCCCUCAGUUCCCUCCCUCAGUUCCUUCCCUCAGUUCCUUCCCUCAGUUCCCUCCCUCAGUUCCUUCCCUCAGUUCCCUCCCUCAGUUCCCUCCCUCAGUUCCCUCCCUCAGUUCCCUCCCUCAGUUCCUUCCCUCAGUUCCCUCCCUCAGUUCCUUCCCUCAGUUCCCUCCCUCAGUUCCCUCCCUCAGUUCCCUCCCUCAGUUCCCUCCCUCAGUUCCCUCCCUCAGUUCCUUCCCUCAGUUCCCUCCCUCAGUUCCCUCCCUCAGUUCCCUUCCUUAGUUCCUUCCCUCAGUUCCCUCCCUCAGUUCCCUCACUCAGUUACCUCCCUCAGUUCCUUCCCUCAGUUCCCUCCCUCAGUUCCCUCCCUUAG